AUGGUGGUUGCCUUCAUAGUGUUUGGGUUGCGGACGAAAUACCGGCCGUUUAAGAGCAGAUUUCGUACGGCAUCAGUGCUUGCGGGACUUGUGUCAUUGCUUAGCUUGCGACUAGGCGGCUUUUCCUUGCCUCAUACCUGCAUCGGCGAUGGUUCCGCAACGGUGCUGUCUGUAGACGCAAGUGGUUGUGUCGACACGUCCAAUUUCUGGUCCUCGGAGUUUUUCAGACGGCAUGUGCAGGCUGCAUGGGACAAAGAUGCACAGAACGACAAAAAACCCUGGCUCACAUCAGCAGCCACACUUGGAAACUGUGCUUUUGCGGAGUUGCUGGCAUUUUGUCUAGACUCACAGCGCACGGAGCCUUUUGUGGAGCAGGCAAUUUCGAUUGUUUACAAUCUUGUCACCAACUUGGCGGAUUGUUUGGACCGACACGUUUGGCACAUCCGAAGUGACGAGGAAGUGCUUCCAGUGCUGAGCAAUGCUAAGAACAGAGUGUUGCACCGCGGGCGCGCAGCAAACAUUACAGAGCAGUUGGCCCAGAAGGUGUGGAGUGGACAGGACCCGUGCUGCAAGGUUGAGUUGCGCAUGAACCUGAUCCACACCCUGUAUGGCCGCCACUAUGACAUCGUGCAGCUUUUUGUUUCGCCUGCAGAUCAGGGACAUGCUGGAGUGGCUCGGAACAGGACGUACCUUAUCCUGACCUGGAAGCAUGUUGUGCGACAGGUGCGUGAUGUGGUCAAGGUUUACACUGAACUGAGCCACUACAUCUCCUCCCUGGUUCAAACCAGACCUCGCGACUACUUGGUGUCGAGUCGGGUCGACUUGCUCAUCGAGGUACGGGAGGAUGAGCCCAUUUCUCUGCGCUACUUGCUGAACGAUCGCGAACUCCGAGGUCUUAGGUAUGUGUGCCGCCUCUACAAGGAAACCUUCGGCAAAGAUGCAGCAAAGGACCCCGAUCUUUUCGUGCACUUAGGCGACAACCCCGAGAGAUACCUGAACUGGUCUGCGAAAUCGGGCAAGAUCCCAACUUUUCGAAGGGGCGGUGGAAAAAUGUACCACCCAGAGUCAGAAACGUGGCUGACACCGAGAGACAAGCUCGCUUGCCUGGGUUUUCCAGUAGUACCAGAGGCGGCAGUGUCAAUGGGUGUGCCACUGUUACCGGUGCUCGACAAUCGUCGUGCGCACAGCAUUGCCGGUAACUCGUUUCAUUUUGCCACAGCCGCGGUCGUUCAAUUGGACAAACACCGCAGGCGCAAGGAGCCCAGCAGCUCAUCAGAAGACGAUGAGGACAAGGAGGUGCGACCUUCGUGCAGCAUGCUGGGUGAGUCCGACAGUGGAGAAAGUCUCAUGUUUCCUGAUGGUCUCGAUGCACGGGACGAAGCCCCAGCAAAGAACAACCCAAAGAAAGGGGCGAAGUCCAAGCCAAAGAAUAAGACCUCAGACGGUGGUCGCCGCAGCACCAAGGAAGAAUACAGUCAUCAACGGAUCUACAAGGACUUCAUAAACCAUCAUAUCCUUGUGUGGCUCCAGGAGGUGGAUGCGACUUGGAUGCACAGGGACACCUUUGGUCCCUGUCGGCGCGGCAAGCUCUUUGCCGUGCUGGGGUUUGCGUUUGGGUGGUUGUAUACCGACACGAAGGCUGGGGGCGACAAAACCUCUGUCGUCACGGCAGCCGCCAGUCAGUACAAGCGCCGCAAUUGCCCGGUGGCUCACACUGGAUGGGGUCCAGAGGAGAUUUACCAGUACAUGAAGUGGCAGCUCGCCCAGUAUCAUGCCGGCAAGAUCAAGCGUGACGCUGUGGGUGGAUGGGCAUGGAAGCUGCCAAAGAGGAACGAGGAGACAGGGGAACCGGGAGCACUCCCACAGGAAGUUGUGCAGUUCAUGGCUAAGCGCAACAACAAGAAGUCCGAAGACGCGAAGAAGAAGAAGAAGUUGAAGGCCAAGCGUGAGUCGUCUUCUGGCGAUGAUUCCAGUUCCAGCUCCAGCUCGGAGACGGAUGCCACGUCGGCGGUGAAGGACUACAAGAUCCGGGAGUCCACCGACGGUGGCCUCAAGCUGGUAGAGCUUGCGACGGGGACAUCGGUGGCUCUGCCGGCUGGCCAGUACAAGCUGAAGGCGGGCCCGAAGGGCACGAUGCUGUUGGAUGACAAGGGCAAGAAGAAUGGAGUUUCCUGUGCGUCGUACAUAGCUGAGAAGAGAGACAAAAAGCAGCGGGACAGAAGCAGGUCUCCCAAAAAAGGCGACAAGGAGAAGAGUCGCGACCGCAGCAGGUCCCGCAAGAAGGGCAAGACGCGUGAUGGCAGCAGCAAGUCCCACAAGCAGCAGGAGAAGACCAAGGACAAGAGUCGCGGCCGCAGCAGGUCCCGCAAGGAUCGAACGGAGAAGACCAAGGAGGGCAAGUCGGCCAAAGACGGGAGCAAGGACAACGGCAAGACUAAGCACGACGACGGGGAGAAGAAGGGGCAAGGGACAGGAAACAAGCCUGAAGGGCUUGGUGUUUCCACUUCGCCGAAGAAGUUGAAGGGCAUGCAGGGGCCGGAGGGUGACUCCAAGACUAAGGUCAAUCCCGGUGCGAUUGGUGACCGCAGUGACAGUGACGGAGAGAAAUCGAAGACGACGAAGGAUGAGAAGGGGGGAGGAACACCGGACAAGGGGGACAGCGACGCAGACUCGUUGUUUGCCGAAACGAGUGACGACAAGCCCGCCCCGAGUGUGCCCACCGAGCCCUUCCUGGUCGGAGCGCAGGAUGGAACCUGGUUGGCAUGGGAGCAGACAGGUAGCAUGCUACUGCUGCCGCGUGAGACAUGGGAGAUUCAGAAAGAUGCGAGCACGGGUAUAUGGAUGCUCCAUUGCCUGACAAAGCAGCAUACACCCCGGAAUGUUGCGAAGGUGCUGGCCAGCAAGCGAGCAGUUGAGUUUGAUGCCGCCGUUGUUUGCCCACCAAAGACUCCUCCCCGGGAGCCUUCCCCGACGAAAGAGGACCUCAUCAAGAAGGAGACGAAGAAUGACAUCAAGGAGGGCGAGGACAGUGGCAAGGGCGACUCGACUCAGAAUGGUUCCAAUGCUGGUGGCAAUGACACGAAAGAUGACGAUGACAUGGACAAGGAGGCGAAGACUGAGCCGGUGCCCAGUGCCGAGAAGCCCAAGUUGGAUGGUGCCACAGUUGACGUUGAGGCGGACCCGCCGCAAAACACACAGCCGGUAACCUCAAAUCCGGAUGAGACCCCAGGGGCCGCGGCAUCGUCUAUCAACUCCGGUACAGAACGCGCGGCUGAGGACACAAGCAACAAGGCGAUGAGCAAGGCCCCGACGCCGAAGCCGAAGGAGCCGGCGAAAGCAUCGGCACCGAAGGCUGGAGCGACACCGAAGGCAGCAACAGGCAUCGAUGCACUUUUGGCGAAAGCUCCGGGGAAGAAGAAGUGA